AUGUAUUUGAAAGUAUUAAUAAAAAAUUUGGAAAACUUUAAGUUAAAAAGAAAUAAAUUAAGAUUGAUUAUGAUCUGUAAAAUUGAGGAUAGAACUGAAAAUAAUAUAGGAAGGGAGAAUUCAGAUAGUAUAAGGAUGAGAUAAGGAAUUAGUGAGUAAAAUAAUUGAU